AGGGGGCGAGCGCAGCGGAGGCGGCAGUGAGGAGCUGUUUCCACCUCGCCAACCCCGGCAGCACUGGGGCGGCCGCCGCGGGCCAGGGGUGGGGACAGCACUUCGCUACGCCGCGCGCACCCCCGCCGGGCCGCGGUCCUGACCCCCGGGGCGAGCGGGAAAGCGGCGGCGGCGGCGGCGGCGGCGGGAGCAGGAUGCAGGGGAAGAAGCCGGGCGGCUCGUCGGGCGGCGGCCGGAGCGGCGAGCUGCAGGGGGACGAGGCGCAGAGGAACAAGAAGAAGAAAAAGAAGGUGUCCUGCUUCUCCAACAUCAAAAUCUUCCUGGUGUCCGAGUGCGCCCUGAUGCUGGCGCAGGGCACGGUGGGCGCCUACCUGGUGAGCGUGCUGACCACCCUGGAGCGGAGGUUCAACCUGCAGAGCGCCGACGUGGGUGUGAUCGCCAGCAGCUUCGAGAUCGGGAACCUGGCGCUCAUCCUCUUCGUCAGCUACUUCGGGGCGCGCGGGCACCGGCCGCGCCUCAUCGGCUGCGGGGGCAUCGUCAUGGCCCUGGGCGCGCUGCUGUCCGCCUUGCCCGAGUUCCUGACCCACCAGUACAAGUACGAGGCCGGCGAGAUCCUCUGGGGCGCCGAGGGCCGCGACGUCUGCGCCGCCAAUGGCACGGCCAGCGACCAGGGGCCCGAUCCUGACCUCAUCUGCCGGAACCGGACCACCACCAACAUGAUGUACCUGCUGCUGAUUGGGGCCCAGGUGCUCCUGGGCAUCGGUGCUACCCCCGUGCAGCCCCUGGGCGUCUCCUACAUCGACGACCACGUGCGCAGGAAGGACUCCUCGCUCUAUAUAGGAAUCCUGUUCACAAUGCUGGUGUUCGGACCCGCCUGCGGGUUCAUCCUGGGCUCUUUCUGUACCAAAAUCUACGUGGACGCUGUGUUCAUUGAUACAAGCAACCUGGACAUCACCCCGGACGACCCCCGCUGGAUUGGAGCCUGGUGGGCCGGCUUCCUGCUCUGUGGUGCCUUACUCUUCUUCUCUUCCCUCUUGAUGUUCGGGUUCCCACAGUCUCUGCCCCUGCACUCAGACCCCGCCGUGGAGAGCGAGCAGGCCAUGCUCCCCGAGAGGGAGUACGAGAGGCCCCCGCCCAGCAACGGGGUCCUGCGGCACCCGCUGGAGCCGGACAGCAGCGCCUCCUGCUUCCAGCAGCUGAAAGUGAUCCCCAAGGUCACCAAGCACCUGCUCUCCAACCCCGUGUUCACCUGCAUCGUCCUGGCCGCCUGCAUGGAGAUCGCGGUGGUGGCCGGCUUUGCCGCCUUCCUGGGGAAGUACCUGGAGCAGCAGUUCAACCUCACCACCUCCUCUGCCAACCAGCUGCUCGGGAUGACCGCCAUCCCCUGCGCCUGCCUGGGCAUCUUCCUGGGCGGCCUGCUGGUGAAGAAGUUCAGCCUGUCGGCCCUGGGCGCCAUCCGGAUGGCCAUGCUCGUCAACCUGGUGUCCACGGCGUGCUACGUCUCCUUCCUCUUCCUGGGCUGCGACACGGGCCCCGUGGCCGGGGUUACUGUUCCCUAUGGAAACACCUCAGCACCUGGCGCAGCCCUGGACCCCUACUCACCCUGCAAUAAAAACUGUGAAUGCCAAACCGACUCCUUCACACCCGUGUGCGGGGCGGACGGCGUCACCUACCUGUCUGCCUGCUUCGCUGGCUGCAGCAGCACGAAUCUCACCGGCUGUGCGUGCCUGACGACCGGCCCGCCCGAGAACGCCACCGUGGUCCCCGGCAAGUGCCCCAGCCCCGGCUGCCAAGAGGCCUUCCUCACCUUCCUGUGCGUGAUGUGUGUCUGCAGCAUGAUCGGGGCCAUGGCCCAGACGCCCUCGGUCAUCAUCCUCAUCAGGACCGUCAGCCCUGAACUCAAGUCUUACGCGCUGGGAGUUCUUUUCCUCCUCCUUCGCUUGCUGGGCUUCAUCCCCCCGCCUCUCAUCUUCGGGGCCGGCAUCGACUCCACCUGCCUGUUCUGGAGCACGUUCUGCGGGGAGCAGGGCGCCUGCGUCCUCUACGACAACGUGGUCUACCGGCACCUGUACGUCAGCAUCGCCAUCGCGCUCAAGUCCUUCGCCUUCCUGCUCUACACCACCACGUGGCAGUGCCUGCGGAAGAACUAUAAGCGCUACAUCAAGAACCACGAGGGCCGCCUGAGCACCAGUGAGUUCUUUGCCUCUACUCUGACCCUAGACAACCUGGGGAGGGACCCUGUGCCCGCCGGCCAGACGCAUAGGACAAAGUUUAUCUAUAACCUCGAAGACCAUGAGUGGUGCGAGAACAUGGAGUCCGUUCUAUAGUGACUCAGGGGGCGAACUCUGUAUAGCAAUCAAAGGGUCAUUUUUCCUACAAAAAAAAAAAAAGAAAGAAAAAAGGUUUCCAAAAACCACACGCACACGCACACACAUACACACACACAGGACCUUUAUCCUUUUCUCCACAUCAGAGCCAGACGGCCUUCAGAAUGAGGAGAGCUUGGGACCACGUGUCUGACGCGUGACCUACCUGCUGGGCGCAGGGCCUGCUCUGGGACGCCAGCGCGGGGUCUCAGGAUGCCGACGGCUGCAAGCAACGGGCACUGCCAAGUUCAGGGAACAGUGGUGGCCAGCUCGGAGGACGGACGUUCCUGAACACACAUACAGCAUACAAACGAGAGACAACUCUUUUUAAAGAAAGUCUACUAAAAACCACACGUUGACAACACGGCCAGGAUAAGCACUAGUGACACCCCCGGGCCCCCCUUCCCGUGGGGGGCGGGGGGCCCGCAGGCGGGAGGAGGGGGCCCCCCCCUCUCUAACCUUCGCAAUAUGGGUCACUGUGUAGACGCCUCACCCAGUCUGCCUGUGGUUCAAGGCCCGCGCGCUCAGCGAUGCUAACGGGUGAUCCGUGUGGAGUCUGUAAUUGGCACCUCUCACCAGCUCCAUUUCCACGUUCACGCCGAGGGCCCGCGGGGCCGGGUGCAGGGCCAGCACCUCGCCUGCCCCCGGAGCGCCUCCCAGUGGCGGGGCCCCCGCCCCGCAGAGCGACCUCAGGAAGCAGGGGCCUCACUGGCUAUGACUGGCUUCUCUCAGAGCCGGUGAGGCCCAGCCCAGCCCAAGUCAUUUGCUUACAUUUGCCAAACAUUUUGCCAUUUUUUAAAAAAAAAUCCUGCAAUGCCUACGGAUUUCAAACUGUUGUCUGUAUCACCCUCCAAUACUAUUUUUAACGACUUCCGAACCUGUGUUGGCCGCCAGGCUCUGACACGGGUCUUAGGCCGGAUUUCCUAUGCUGGUUGCUUUCACUUUCUCCCUUUUUUAAUGCACCAAAAAUAUAAUGUGAUUCAAGGGAA